AUGACUUUCUCGUUAGUAUCCCGGCAAGGUCUAUACAGAUCCAUUCCUCGGUCUCUAGCAACAAUCCCUCGUCUAUCAAUAGCGCGGGCGCAAUGUAGGAAGAUCAACAAUAGCACGGACAUUCCGUCCCCUGUAGUGUUCAACAUUCAUAUACCCACAAAAGCCACGCUAAGCCGUGACGUGACCCUUGGUGCUUUGAGACAGUGUCUUGAGAAUGAUGAAGCUAUUAGGCGUAAUUCUGAUAUUCACGAUACCGCCCUUGUCUUAACAUCUCCUGGCUUAGCGAGGCUUGUCUGUGACAAUGAGUUCCUCACCGGCCUGGUUAAGACAAUAUCAGGCUUACCCCGUAGCGAUGGAGUUUUCAAUCUCCUGGUGGGAGUAGCUGACCGUAUUGCCGGUCAUCCUAACAAGAACGGCAAACGAUACGAGGAAGGCAUUGCGGUUUGUCGCGGCAAUCUUCAGCUAAUACCCAACCUGUGGAAAGACCUACCACCUAAGCAGAAAGAGGAUUCUGAUGCGACGUCGGCUCUUCAAUUUCUUGACUUUUCUGGGUCGAGCGUCACGCUUCCGCUAUCCAAUACCAUAUUCAAUAACAACAAGCAGUCGACCUUGAUCGCUGCUCAAUAUGAUAUUUCAGGGCCAUCCCCGAAGCUUAUUAAGACCAAGGAGACCUACACCCAGGACAUAAUAUUACCAGCAGACUCCCGCGCUGGAGCCAUGCUGCCGCUUACCGCACUCACCCCCUCCCGUGCGGUAACCCAAAGUUUUGGAAACAUUGUCAGAGCAGUUGAAUGCUACGGAGAAGAUACCCCAGCAUCCACAGAGCUGGAAGCUGCUGUUGAAAAAGUCUGGAAGAUCAGGGAAGAGUCCGAUCAGAGUCCUUUUCCCAUGUAUGCAUUUAUAACCCCUGAGGGGGCUCCAUCCCUCUCACCACCUGACGUGGGCCGGUUCGGUGAUCCAACUCUAGACCCAAAGACUCUUCGUAAAGAGAUCUUACAAAACAACAAAUACUUUGAUGAAGCAAUCAGAAACGGGAGUCGCCUUUACCAGCUAUUAAGCGGCGGCGGAGGAUGGGGUAAGAAGAAGGGCCUGCUGUCCCUGGAUCCUCAGACAUCCCAUUUCUCGCUGUCCGAGGAGGAUCAGCUAGCCAGCUUCUUCCAAGCGGGUGCUGACUCUGGCUUUGCGCCAGUUGGUUCCAGUAUCCAAUUUUUUGCGCCCCAUCCCUCGGCCAGAAAGCCUCUGCCAGGUCCCUUCACAUUUGGCGUUGUAGGGCCUGGCGAUGACCUGCCGGAGAUCGAGGAUACCAUGUCCGUUUCGGUUGGUCACCACUUCGUGGCAUUAUCCAACAAAGCCGUGUUCCUUCACAGCACAAAGAUGAAAGGCUCGAUCCUAGGCGAAGUGGGCUCUUCUAUGAAACUGUCUGUCCCGGACUCCAGGGUCUUUCUUGCAACGGGACGGCCAAAUGAAGAAGGCACAUCAGAUCCUAGUACAGCAUGGCUACUAAUGCCCGAUGCUAUGAUGCUCCCGGACCUGGAUAUAUUUUAA